CCCUGUCACUCUGCGUUCGACAGAAGGUCGGAUGAUGGUUGCAGGCGUGGUAGUUCUCGCCAUACUCGCCUUGGCCCUGCCUCCAUGCUCCGGUGAGUCGCAUGGUCUUGGUGUCCCGGUCGAAGCAAAGGCCGCGGACAUUAGCCGGAGUGAUGGACAUAUGAUCCACGGCCGAGCUGGCGGAUACAUCUCCCGCGGUGCGGCGCUGCAUCUGCAUCACGCGUCAAUGUCCACGCUGCUCGCUGCUCCGCGGUCGUCAUCGUCGGCUGUGGACAAGACUCGCCGCGCCCAGUUCUUCAUCACCACCGCUGCUCAUCCGUCCGACGCUCUCAUCGCCGCUGUGCGCCCUGCUCUUGUCGGCUAUCUCCCGGCACGGACUCUGCAUGUUCACUGCGAGUCGCAGUUUGUCGACGACUUGCUCCUUCAGUUUGACGAGAUCGUCUGGGUCGGCGAUGUCCAAUCGCGUCAUCGCAGGCCGCGCGCCCGCCGCCGCCGCACUUCCCAACCGUCUGCCCGGCUUGACCUGAUCGUCGACCUCUCACCCGUUACUGUCGCCCAUGAGGCAUCCAGCGAGCUGCUUUCCCGCAUCCGUACCGUCCUUGCCCGCUGCGUCGCUGAAGCCGACGUGGAUCAGCCCUCGCCGCGAAAGCUCAGCAUCACCAUCACUGGUGCGGACGCCGCCAGCGUUGAGUGCGCGCUCGACGCCCUCGCCUCGGACUCGACCGUCGUCGCUGUCGAGCACCGCUCCGAGUAUGAGAGCAUGAACCGGCACGCUGCUUCACGCGGGCAGGCUGGCGAUCCGUCCGGCACCGCCUUUCCUUUUUGGGACGCCGGCAUCACCGGCGCGGGUGAGAUUGUGGCCGUUGCCGACACCGGUAUCGACACCAACAACUGCAUGUUCCACGAUCCAUCGACGCCGCUGGCCUACGACACGCCGCUCGCGGCCCAUCGCAAGCUCGCCAUGUACAUUAGGCACAAGGCCGAGCUGGCCUUUGAGACCGAUGUGCCGGCCGGCCACGGAACCCAUGUCACCGGCACCGUCGCCGGACUGGCAGACUGGAGCGCCUCCGCCUCCGCCAACGCCACCACCAACGCCAACAAAGGUCUCGCCUAUGGUGCGCGCAUCAUCAUGUACGACUUUGGCGACGAGUCCGAAGCGCUCCAUGUUCCUGCCGAUCUCACGGAUCGCUUCUUCAGCAUGCCGCACGGAGCCGGCGCCCGCAUCCACACCAACUCGUGGGGCUCGACCGGGUACUCGGGCUACAAUACCCACGCCCGCGACGUCGACACCUUUACAUGGAGCAAUCCUGACAUGCUCGUCAUCUUUGCUGCCGGCAAUCACGGUUCCGAUGGCUAUUCCUCUGUCCGAUCGCCCGGUACCGCCAAGAAUGCGCUCAACGUCGGUGCCCUCACCUCGACGGCUGAUGCCUACGCCGCGAGCGCCAAGUACCGCUACGCGCUCAUGGCGUCGGAUGCCGCCUCAGGUGUGCUCGUCAAGGCCUUGUACGGCGCACGGAUGGUCGGCACUGGCAUGGACGGUAGCAUCACCGGCCAAGUGGUGAUCAUUGAGGCCUGCGACGCGCCGCUAGCAGGUGUCAAUGGCAAGAUUGUGCUCCUCCUCUGCCCGUGCAGCAUCUGUUGGGACGCGUGCCCGUCUCUGGCGCCUCAUGACUCGUGCGCCAAGUCCAUCCAGGACGCAGGCGCGCUGGCAGUCAUCCACGAGAAAGCGUGGUACAUUGUGGGCGUUUCCGACACCCGGUCGGCGACUACCAUUCCGGUCCUCAUCGCCGACGGCAACGCGACCCUCACUCAUGCGCUGCAUGUGGCCAACGCCACUGGCAGCCUCGUCACGCUCUCCAACUACGACGGAAGCGUGCCGGCGUCGCCGUCGCCGGACGAUAUGGCUUGCUUCUCGUCGCUCGGGCCAGUCCGCGGCGAGCUGCGAAUCAAGCCUGACAUUGUCGCUGUCGGCGAUCCGGUUAUCUCUGCCCAUGCCAAUGGUCCGGGCAGCACCCCGUUCUGUGGCGAGAGCGCCGCGCUCCGUCCCGAGUCCGGCACCUCGAUGGCUGCCCCGGCAGUGGCCGGCCUGGCGGCGCUAGUGCGCCAGCAUUUGCGAUCGUCCAUUCCGUCGCCGUCAGGUGCACUUGUCAAGGCCUACCUUCUCAACUCGGCGAGCGCCACACCCGGCUCGACUGCAUCCGUGCCCCGAUCUCCGCUGGAUCCGUUGGGCGUGUGCGCGGUGGCGCCGGCGGCGUACGAUGCUGCGCCUACCCUCGUCCGCCGCUGGGGCGAGGGCUUUGGUGCUGCCAACCUCUCCGCGGUGGGUGAUUUUCAUUUUGUUGACAUCGGCCCGCAGCCGGCCGGCACCUCGCUCACCUACUGCUUCUCGGUCGCGGACAAGACUUCAGUCUCGGCCACGCUCGUGUGGACCGAUCCGCCGGCAUCGUUGGCGGCAGCCGUCACGCUUGUCUCUGACCUGGAUCUCACCCUGACUGCCUCGGACGCGGUGUAUGUCGGCAACGUUGGUCCUCGUGAUCAGGUUACCUACGAUCAGGACAACAACGUCGAGCGGAUCCGCGCCGUUGUCUCGGGCGCGUUCUCCCUCCGGGUCUUUGUCAACGCCGCGCCUGUCGGCCCGCAGCCGUUUGCGCUGGUGGUCAGCGGCGGAGGCGUGGUUAGCUUGGGAUCGUGCCCGGCCUCGUGCCCAUCCGCCACUGCCAGCGAGUGCUCCGGCUCUGGAAGAUGCAGCACUGCCACUGGCCGCUGCACGUGCGAGCCGUACGCUGCCGGCGCCGACUGCAGUAUUUCGGUCCGCGAGUACGCGGUUGGCAUCGACUCACUUGACUUUGCGCUCCACGCCGGCGAGUGGGACUUCGCGCGUUUCCCGCUCGCCCGCGUUCCCGACGGACAGGGCAUUGUUCUUGCUCUCUCCAAAACAUUUGUGUUUGUCGAAGGCUUCUUUAGCUUUGCUGGCAUCCCUGAUCUGCACACGGCCGAGCUCUCGUACUACUUUUACUACGACAACUCGUAUCUCAUCCCGGCGGCGGCCGUAACGAGCGCCAGAAGCUCAGGCGCCACGCAUCUGAACAUGGCGCUGCGCGGGCGACAGUACGCCGGCCUCUACUAUGGCAGCGUUGCUAAGAGCGUGUUUGCCAUGACGGCAGUCGCUGCAUCGUCCAAGCCGCCGCCGCCGCCGCCGCCGCAGCAUCCGCCUGGCCCGCGCACGCUCUGCAGCGGGCUGGAGACCAUCAGCUCAGCCAACGGCAGUUCGGGUAGCAUCGCCGUUCCAGCACCGUACCACGGCAGCAUUCCUUACGGCAACGACAUGGCAUGCGCGUGGCAGAUCUCAGCGCCGGGCAAGGACAUUGCCCUCCACUUUUCACGGUUUAGCACCGAGGCCGGCUACGACAUUGUCACCAUCGACGGCCAGCAGUAUAGCGGGGUCCACCUUGAUCUCACCGCGUCUAGCUCGAGCAACAUGUCCAUCGAGUUUACCUCCGACGGUAGGACCGCGCGGCCUGGCUUCAGUGCGCGUUGGGCAAUCGGGACCCGGUCGCCGCCGGCGUGCAAGGCGCCGAUGGUGAUCAAUGCAACAACAUCUGGCGUUGCCGGAGCUCUCGAGCUGCCAGGCCCGUACUCGGGUGUCCUCGAGUACGCCCACAACCUCGAGUGCGAGUGGCACUUUGACUUUCCGGAGCAGAGCCUGGUCCUCUCUUUGGACAAGAGCGCGUUUUCAACCGAGUCGGUCCACGACUACGUCACCAUCUUGCCAGCCGGCGUCGUGGUCUCAGGCAGUCUGGCAGCAUCGUCGCAGAUGGUAGUCCCGGGCGAUGCAAUUGUUCGCUUUCACUCGAACGGCGACGAGGCUCGGACAGGAUUCUCGAUUGGAUGGGCUCUGGCCGGCACGCCGCCACCACCGGGCACGGGCGCGCCGCCGCCGCCGCCGGACUCUGACAAGAGCUCGAGCUCGAGCGGAGCAGUGGCUGCCGCAAUCGCGAUUCCAGCAGCAAUUGUGCUCGCUGCAAGCCUUGCGGUCGGAGUGGUGUACUGGUGGCGGAAGAGCGGGCAGGCUGGCCAGACACUGUCAUCGUUUGUGGGCGAGCGGCUCAUGUGCCGUGGCGCAUCGACGACGCCGGCCGGUGGAGUGGGCGAUGUAGAGAUGGAGUGCUAGCUCAAAGCACGUCGUAUUGAAGGCACAGGGAGCAUA